AUGACGCAGCUCUUAUCAGUGUACCCGACUCGAAACCAGCGUGGGAGGUCAAUUUCAGGCCCGGCAUGGAAAUGGGUCGAUGGACAAUGUCUCGAUAAGUUUAUUCGUGGUCGAGAAGUUCGCCAGAUUUGGCAGCAGUACGGACCGGUUUAUCGAAUUUGGUCGGGGUUCACUCCGGAGAUUGUCAUUACAAGACCAGAAGAUAUCAGAGCGUUUCAUACGGACUCGGCGAGUCACAGCAAGUCUACCUCCAGCAAUGGAGGCUGGAUGUUUCACCAGAUUCUUGGGGACUGUAUGGGGCUAAUAAAUGGGGGACGAUGGAAAAGAAUAAGGGCCCAAUAUGAUCCUUACUUUGUUCAUCGUGUGGCUAUGGCCCACUCUGGUCCUAUUCUACAGAAUGUGGAAGCGACCCUGGCUAGCAUAGAUGGGGUAGAUCCCACCACGUUGCACGUUGCAAAUUCCUUCUCCCGAUUUCCCUUUAUGGCCACAGCAGAGUAUCUAUAUGGGCCAUUAACUGAUGCAGAAAAGGAGGAGGUCUGGUCCCUCGGGCAGCGAAGCCUCCGGUUGAUGGGCUACGUGUUAUCUGGCUCAGUAUAUCGAUUCAGGCUCUACCACUGGCUGAAACCAGAUACACAUCGCGAAUUGUUACAGUUUGAGGAGCACUGGAUCGGAUUUAACAAACGAAUAUACACCACCAGACAGGCCUAUGAUCCUUCGCUCCCGAUUGUAACUUCCUGGAAAGAGGUUGUUGAAGGUAGGAUAACGAAAAAAGAGAUGGUUCAGACAAUGAGUGAAAUGCUAUUUGCGAACCUAGACGUAUCAACCAAUGUCCUUGGUUGGCUGGUCAUCUUUCUCGCUCAAGAUGUCCAGAUACAAGCCCAAUUACGAGCCGAGAUCAAGAACCAAACGUCGACCCUUCAGGAAUUGUGCAACCGCAAAGACUCCUUGUUGCAUCACUGCUUUCUGGAGUCUCUUAGGCUUCGACCCUUUACUGUGUUUACGAUCCCAGAGAGUUCGCCAGAGAAAAAAGUUCUUGGGGGAUAUUUAAUACCUGCGAAUACGAGUGUUGUUGUGGACACGCUGGCUAUCAACUAUAAUCCCGAAUUUUGGGGCCACAAAAGUGCCGAUUUCAACCCAUAUCGCUUCAAGAACCUGUCUCCAACACAACUUCGUUACAAUUUAUUCAGUUUUGGAUUUGGCACGCGGAAAUGCCUGGGACAGCAUUUUGCAGAGGCAAUGAUGAAGCUAUUCAUUUGCCAGCUUCUUAGUCGCUAUCAGAUUGGACUACCACGGACCGAAAAGCAGAAAGAUGGGGACUAUAAAACCAGCAAGGACGCCUGGGUCCCUAUUGCUGAUGUUGAGGUUAACCUGAGACCUUUGUAA